GCGCGGUUGUUGAAUAUCCGGGAGCGAAGAGAAGGAAAACUAAGUAGAUACUAACUUUGGAAAUCUUUGGUGGUUGUUCACAGACAUGGAGAAUGGCAAGGCCCAAUUUCCAUUUCCAUACCAGCCUUAUAACAUCCAACUGCAGUUUAUGCAGGCUUUAUACGGUGCCCUGGACGAGGGAAAAGUUGGCAUCUUUGAAAGUCCAACAGGAACGGGCAAGUCUCUGAGUCUGAUAUGUGGAGCAUUGAGCUGGCUCACAGACUAUGAGGAGAAGAAGAAAAAGGAGGCUGCUGCUCUGCUACAGGAAGGAGAAACAUCUCUUUCCAUCAAGCCCUGCACUACCAGUUCUUCAACAGAGCCUGACUGGAUCACUGAUUUUGUUCAGAAAAAGGCAGAGCGAGAUUUGGUGUCAAAGUUGAAGGAAGAAGAACUGAAAAGGAAGAAAAGGGAAGAGCGAUUAGAACUGAUCAGAAACAAUAUUCAGCUGAAGUAUGCCAUGAAAAGAAAAAGCUGUGAAGAUGAUGAGGCAGUAAAGUUACUUGAGCUCAGCAAAGAAGAGCAAACAGAAACUCAGGGAGAUCAUGAGGACGAGGACCUUAUUGUUGCAGAAUAUGAGAGCGAUAAUGAAUCAAAGACCAAGAGCAGGCUGCAGGGUGCUGAGGAUGACUCAGACGAUGAACUGGUUGAGGAACAUGUUGCAAAGAUUUAUUACUGCAGCCGUACUCACUCCCAGCUGGCCCAGUUUGUCCAUGAGGUUCAAAAAAGCCCCUUCAGCAAGGAUAUCAGCCUGGUCACACUGGGCUCACGGCAGAAUCUCUGUAUCAAUGAGGAAGUGCGUCGCCUGGGCAGCAUCCAGCGUAUAAAUGAUCGCUGCAUGGAGAUGCAGAAAAACAAACAUGAAAAGCAGCAUCAUGAAGAGGGUGUAAAACGUAAGCGAGGCCAGGCAAAGAGUGUCUGUCCUUAUUACAAAGCUUCAGCCAUGCAGCAGAUGAGGGAUGAUGUCUUAGGUUCAGUCCAUGACAUCGAGCAGCUGCUGAAGCUCGGCAGAGAAACGCACUCAUGUCCAUACUACUCUACGCGCCUUGCCAUCCCCCCAGCACAGUUAGUGGUGUUGCCGUAUCAGAUGGUGCUCCAUGAAGCUACAAGGAAGGCAGCAGGGAUCCAGCUAAAGGGACAGGUCGUGAUAAUAGAUGAAGCUCACAACCUCAGUGACACAUUAUCUUGUAUGCACAGUGCAGAGCUCUCCGGAGCACAGCUUUGCCGUGCUCACUCUCAGCUCACGCAAUAUGCAGACCGCUAUAAGAGCAGACUGAAGGCGAAGAACUUAAUGUACGUCAAACAGAUUUUGUUUGUAGUCGAGGGGCUCGUCAAGGUGCUGGGAGGUAUGGUUGGACAAAAUCCUCACACCCAGACUACACUAACAGGAACUGAAAUGCUCACCAUGAACAACUUUCUCUUCAAGGCUCAGAUUGACAACAUCAACCUGUUUAAGCUACAGAGAUACUUUGAGAAGAGCAUGAUCAGCAGAAAACUGAGUAGCUUUGUGGAGAAGUAUGCAGGAUCAGGAGUGAUUCUGCAAUCUCAGAGUAGCUCCAACAAGGAGAAUCGACGCACAGAGGGAUUAAAUCGCUACCUUCAAACUCUACAGAGCAAUCAGAGCACCUCACCAGGUCUCUCAGUGGACCAGCAGGGGUCAGUAGAGGCAGACAAAGUGCUGUCUGCAUCUCCCAUGAUGCAGGUGGAGGGAUUCUUCAUGGCUCUCACCAACAGCAACACGGAUGGCAGAGUGGUGAUACACAGACAAGGUGCGUUGUCAGAGAGCAGUGUGAAGUUCCUACUUUUGAAUCCAGCAGUUCACUUUGCCCAGGUGCUGAAAGAGUGCAGAGCUGUCAUCAUCGCAGGAGGAACGAUGCAGCCGGUCUCAGACUUCAAACAAGAGCUGCUGUUUUCUGCCGGGGUUGGAGAGGAACGUAUCACUGAGUUUUCCUGUGGUCAUGUGAUUCCUCCGGAGAACAUUCUCCCGCUCGUCUUGUGCAGCGGUCCGUCUGGUCAGGAGCUGGACUUCACUUUUCAAAACAGAGACUCUCCACGCAUGAUGGAUGAGACAGGGCGCAUUCUCUCCAACAUCUGUAAUGUGGUCCCAGGUGGGGUUGUGUGCUUCUUUCCUUCUUACGAAUACUCAAGACGGAUCAUUUCUCACUGGGAGACCAGCGGAGCGCUGACACGUCUUUCUAACAAGAAGAAGAUCUUCCAGGAGCCAAAGAAAGCUAACCAGGUGGAGCAGGUGCUGAAUGAGUUCUCCCGCUGUAUACAGAGGUGUGCUGUAGAUAGCGGUGGUCUCACAGGAGCAUUGCUGUUCUCCGUGGUUGGAGGAAAGAUGAGUGAAGGCAUCAAUUUCUCUGAUGACCUGGGCAGGUGUGUGGUGAUGGUGGGAAUGCCGUAUCCCAACAUCAAAUCUCCAGAGCUGCAGGAGAAGAUGUCCUAUCUGGACAAACACCUGCCUCACAGUGGAGGGAGGAGCCCUGGACAAGCACUUAUUGAAAACCUCUGCAUGAAGGCGGUCAAUCAGUCCAUAGGAAGAGCUAUCCGUCACCGUGGCGACUAUUCCUCUGUAGUGCUGUGUGACAGACGUUACUCUCGACCCGCUACUCUUGCUAAACUUCCCACAUGGAUCAAAGAUCGCACCAGUACACACUCCACAUUUGGCUCUGCUUUUGCUGCCCUACGGAAGUUCUUCCUGGAGAAGAAACAGAAGCAGGUGUAGAUUCAACCAAAGUUGAUGAAGAACGUCAGAAGACAGACUCUAGCAGUGUUCAGUCUGCAGCUGCAGCACCCUCAGGCAUUGUGUUCUCAUAAAAACAUAAAAUACUGUCACAGGACCACUUUAAGAGGCUCUUGUUCACACUUUUAAACAUUUUGAGGCAUGCAGAGCUCUGAGUGCUCCUGGCUGGAGUAAGGGGGGACACAAGGCUCAACAAGUCUUUUCUGUUUUCAUUGCCUUGCUCUUGCUGCUAUCAAGUUCUUGUCUUCUGUUCAAGUCUGCUUACAUCUCUGUUAACCUGGGUGCACACUGUGCAAUUUCCAGCCGACUUAGAAAAGAAUCUUGAGUUGCACAACAUACUUGGAAGUCUUAGACGAGGGCUGACUUUGAGCCUGAUAGUAUAUUGUUGUGCAGCGUACAGGGGCACACAGCCAACCACUGCUCAGCUCCUCCUGACUAGUUAGUUGGAUUUCUGGCAUGUUUGAUAUUUUGGCCCUACUGAGUAUUAAAACCUGGUACUAACAUGGUACUGGUACCAACACAUCCAACACCUACCAGACUGAAUUACAACACAACACAGAUAUAAAUACUUCAUUACAAUAGCUCCCCACCCCAAAUGAACGUCAAGAAAUACAUUACGGAAUUUGUGUGAUUAAUGUGUUAAGUUACACCAAUGUCCUUUUUUUAUUCCAUGUUCAACUGGUAUAUUAUAAAGAUAUUUCUGCUAAUAAUUUAUGAUAGCGACAGCUUUUAUGCUCCUGCUGACUUUCAACACACUUUUUUCUCUCAAAAGUAUCAAUUUAGGCACUGUCUAGGCAUCGGCACCAUAUAAAAAGUACCAAUUUAGCACUGGUAUCAGAAAAAUCCAAAACAAUUCCCAACCCUACAUACAACUGCACACACUUGCAUAGUGAGAGCAGAACGAUGAGUAAAUUCUCCAACUGGCUUUUCUUUGCCCUUGUAAACUAUCAGACAGCAUCUCAAAUCUCCAUGAAAACAGCAGUAAUAAUUUUUUGAAGUGAUUUCCCCAACAAUAAUAAAGGAAAUGCACAAGCAAAAAAUAAGCCUACUGCAGACCUCCACCUGACACGGAUUAUUUUAUUUAGCUGCUAGUUGUUUUUGCUGGCUUUGCUGUUUAUAUGUGAGAUACACAUGGAGUGAACCGUCUUGUUGCUGUUUGUAACCAUCUGAAGCAUGACUAUCAGACCAUCCAGUGUUCGCACAAAAAUUGUGUCUGAUGGUCAUUUCAGUUGCCCAGUGUGAGCUGACAUUCAACCGCAGCUGUUAUAGUUGGCUUGAAAUUGCACAGUGUGUCCCCAGUUUUUAGAAGAAAUGAAUUUAAGUUGAGGAAUACUGAAUUUAUUUGAUUUACGACCUCAAAACGAACCAAAUAAGCAGUUAACAGAUUGAUGAGAGUCCUGCAGUGUUUUUA